AUGGACACAAGAGAUAAACAGAAAUACGUUGAGGUCCCUGCCUUUGUGGAAGGCUACCAUGAACCAGAACCUCCAAAGACCAGGAGUUGGGACAUUUUCAGUGUAGAUGACUACAAAGACCUAGACGAGCGAGUGAAGCACAUACCAAAGGACAAACAGUGCGACUUCCCCACUUUGGUGCGUCAUCUGACCGAUGGUCUGACUACGGAUGUCCAGAAGGUCCGAGCCAUCUUCUCCUGGAUGGGUGAACAGAACCACCAGGACGUUAAAUACCACAAAAAGACAUAUCGCUACUCACCAAACGGAUAUUUGAAGCAUAUGAAGGAGACCAUGUCCUCUAAACUGUAUUCAACCCUGUUUGCCAUUCUAUGCAGAGAGGCUGGGCUGCAAUGUGUAAAUCUGACCGGCAUCUGCAAGGCAGGGAAUUACGAGGUCGGAGACGCGGAUAUAAGUCAGAACAUCAGUCACUGGAACGCUGUAUAUAUAGAGGGAUCGUGGAGGUUCGUACAUUGUUUCUGGGCUUUCACCGCCCUGUUUGGCAGUAACACGGGGGGCUGGUUAAAGGUAGAACACAAAGGGAAGCAAGUACGCGAAAACAUCCAACAAAGUAAAGGUGAGGCAUGGACCAUGGCGCCAGAUGAUGAUUACUUCUUUAUAGAACCAGAACAGUUAAACAUGUUGUGUAGAUCAGAAAACGAACAAUGGCAACUACUGCAGAAGUCUUUCACUAUAAAGACAUUUCUUGAAUGCCCCUACAUUGAACCGGAGUUUUCUCAGUGCGGUUUUACUUUCAAGGGCAGGCAAUCCGGAGUGCUCGAAACGAGACUGGGCCAGUGUAAAGUAACAAUCUUAUCAAAAUUGAAUCACGGCCUGACGUAUGAAUUAUUUUACAAGACAGAUCAAGAACGACAGUUCCCAGAAGCCACGUCAGCUGAUAGGUAUGUAAUCUUGGAGAACAAAAACGAUGAGGAUGAAAUCAACUUCACCCUAAAUCUUCCAAAAACAGGACAGUACAGACUAAGGUUGAUGAAAGAUGUCAUAAGUUCGCGCCUAUGCGACUUCAAGAUUGUAUGCAACGAAACAUUGGCUAACUACAGACCACCCCCGAGGCCUGACAUCAACUGGGGCCCUGGUCCAGCUGCCAAGACCGCGGGGAUCACAAGUAUUUCUCACAGAAACGGGAUUAUCCCUGUUAAGCGAGAUGAAAACAUGACGGUUCAUUUCAAUGUCAAGAAGGGUCAGAAAAUCGAGGCAAGUCUGACGAGUGAGACGUUCCCAUUAGUUGAAACCAAACAAUAUGUUUCAACCACAAUCAUCAACCAGCAUGUGCAAAUCACAGUGAGGCCUGAAAUCGGGACAUAUGCUCUGCAUAUCCACACAGCCGGUCGAAAGACGAGCGAACGGAAAAACAUCCUAAACUAUGUUAUAGAAUCGGGGCCUACCAACAAAAGACUGAACUGCGGCAGAGAGCCCACUGAUGAGAGAAUAGUCCGUGAACACUUGUUGGAAGCGUCACGUGAGGGGAAUCAGGAGGAUCUCAUCAAAUACAUGAAACGGUUCAAACAGCUUCAAAUGGGAGAUAUCAGCGUGUACACCAAAGCUAGACAAUCACUGGAGAUUUUAGAAAUCAAACAACAUCUCAGGCAAGCCGUGCUGAGAAACCGAACGGACGAGCUGUACAAGGCCAUCGGGCGAGCCAAAUCAUCCGAUGUUGCGGAGACACUAACGACGAAUAUCCAUGAAGCUGAGGUGGUUCUCAUGAAGCUCUUGCAGCAUCAGGCCAAUCCUCGGAAAGCGUCACCGGUCAACAACAGAAACAUUGCUGAACUGAAAGCCAUUCGGCACCUAACUGUACCUCUCCGAAAUGUCCUGACUGCAGUGUUUCUACUGCUUGGAGAACACAGAUGGACGUUACAGGAUCCGCAAUACCUUCUCGCUCAACUGAAACGACACUCGGCAGAUGAGUUGCUCCAUCGUUUGAAGGUCUCCAUUGACCAAGCUCCACCAGAUGCAGUAGUGGAAGCCAAGCGACUGCUGGACACAACUCCAGAAGAACGACUAGCCAGGACCUGCCCCCCAGCACACAAGAUAUACAAGGAAGUGAGUAGUGACAAAUGA